AUGUCUAUGUAUCCCCAUCGCGCCAUGGGCGCUGUGCCCCCGGGCAAUGCAGCCCGCCUCAAUGAACUUCUUGAUCAGAUCAGAGCCGAGUUUGACACUCAGGUCCGCCAGACAGAAGGGUUUGAACACCAAAUCGCGGCCCAGGUCAGUGAGAUGCAACUUGUUCGCGAGAAGGUCUAUGCCAUGGAGCAGACCCAUAUGACACUGAAGCAAAAGUAUGAGGAGGAGCUUAGUGUUCUGCGACACCAGCUGGCCGAAGCUACUCGCGGUAAGGCUGGUGCUGCCCAGCCCACCAUGCCCGGCCCUCCCCAGGGUGCGGGCCCCGCGCAGGCGCCUCCUUCGAUCGCCCCCGGAAAUGGCCUCUUCAGUGGCAUCAUGGCCGGCAGUAACCAGAGCGGCCUCGCUCCGCCACAGCAGCAUCAGCAGCAUGGCCCGCCCCAGGAGCAGCUGAGCCACCAGCACCAGAUGGCUGCCCAGGCGCCUCCGGGUCUGCCCGUGCCUCCCCACCCUUCUGCUCAGCAGCAGCCGGGCCCCUACCAGCAAGCCUACCCUCAGGCUCCCAUGUCCAAUGGCAUGGCGCCGCAGCCUCCUCAGGGUACCGCGUCUCCUGGGCCUGGCCGUCGUGGCGUUGGCCGCCCUCCUAACGGUGUCGGUCCGGCCACUCCGCAGAUCAACACUCCCGUUCCUUAUGCGGGAAGUGCCCAGUCACCCCAGAUCAACCAGCCGACCCCCGACCAUGCUCGCAUGGGAGGUCCCCGGGCCCCACCGCCUGUCGGCAAUGCUCUCGGUGAGCUCGACCUCGAUGCUGUGGCCCCUCACAAUAAGAAGACUGGAGCCGACUGGCAUGCCAUAUUUAACGCCCAGGUUCAGCGAGUCCUGGAUGUGGACCUUGUUCACUCCCUCCAGCAUGACAGUGUUGUUUGUUGCGUUCGGUUCAGCCAGGACGGCAAGUACGUCGCCACUGGCUGCAACAGGUCUGCUCAAAUCUUCGACGUCAGCACUGGAGAGAAGGUUUGUGUUCUUGAAGACCACAGUGCUACUGACCCCAUGGGCGGUACCGACCUCUACAUCAGAAGCGUUUGCUUCAGCCCCGACGGCCGUUACCUUGCCACUGGUGCCGAGGACAAGAUCAUCAGGGUUUGGGACAUCCAAACCAGGACGAUCCGAAACCACUUCACCGGCCACGAGCAGGAUAUUUACUCGCUCGACUUUGCUAGGGAUGGCCGCACUAUUGCCUCGGGCAGCGGUGACCGUACUGUUCGCCUCUGGGACAUUGAGCAGGGUGGCAACACUCUUACGCUUACUAUAGAGGACGGAGUCACGACGGUUGCCAUCUCGCCUGACACGCAAUACGUUGCUGCCGGUUCCCUCGACAAGAGCGUGCGUGUCUGGAGCAUCCCUGAUGCUACCCUGGUUGAGCGCCUGGAGGGUAUCGACGGUCACAAGGACUCUGUUUACUCUGUGGCAUUCUCACCCAACGGCAAAGACCUCGUUAGCGGCAGUCUGGAUCGCACUAUCAAGAUGUGGGAACUUGGCGCACCGCGCGGCGGUCGCGAGGGCAGCCGAACGGGCAAGUGCAUCAAGACCUUCGAGGGUCACCGCGACUUCGUCCUAUCAGUCGCCCUGACCCCCGACGCCAACUGGGUGCUCUCCGGAUCUAAGGACCGCGGCGUGCAGUUCUGGGACCCCAGGACUGGUACUACCCAGCUGAUGCUUCAGGGCCAUAAGAACUCUGUCAUCUCGGUUGCUCCUAGUCCCCAGGGUGGCUUCUUCGCUACGGGAUCUGGUGACAUGAAGGCCCGUAUCUGGUCGUACCGCCCUCUGUAG